AACCCUAACCCUAACCCUAACCUUAACCCUAACCCUAACCCUAACCCUAACCCUAACCGUAACCCUAUCCCUAACCCUAACCCCAACCCUAACCGUAACUCUAACCUUAACCCUAACCCUAACCCUAACCCUAACCCUAACCCUAACCCUAACCCUAACCCUAACCCUAACCCUAACCCUAACCCUAAUGCUAACCCUAACCCUAACCCUAACCUUAACCCUAACCCUAACCCUAACCCUAACCCUAACCGUAACCCUAUCCCUAACCCUAACCCCAACCCUAACCGUAACUCUAACCCUAACCCUAACCCUAACCCUAACCCUAACCCUAACCCUAACCCUAACCCUAACCCUAACCCUAACCCUAACCCUAACCCUAACCCUAACCCUAACCCUAACCCUAAUGCUAACCCUAACCCUAACCCUAACCCUAACCCUAACCUUAACCCUAACCCUAACCCUAACCCUAACCCCAACCCUAAC